CUCGGACGCAUCAGAAAUCGACUAAACAUUAUAACGUGUUUUACAAGCGAGCGCCGCGUACAAGCGAGCGCCGCACCCUACCAAACUUGCGCACCUCAAAGCCCUAUACGCGCGCUUCAACGGCGAGAAGCAGCCAACGUCAAGAGGCUGUAGUAGGUGGGAUGAGUGAGGCAGCAUACAGAGCGUAUAGAUAUUGUUCUCCUUGCAGAGCUCUUGGAAGUUAAGAGAGUGGUGGCUCUCAUAGCUAUCAAGAAUAAGCAGGCGAUGUGCUCCUACUACACAAGCCUUUGUGUGAGCGUUGAAGUGCUUUAGCCACUCAACUCCUAGCUUAUUGUUUGUCCAGCCGUUGUCACUAACUGCGAUCACCUAGUUGCGUGGGAUAUCCUCCUCGUACUAGGCAGAGAGGUGGUACUUGCCAGCAAAGAUGAGGAACGGUGGGACUGACCAGCCAGCUGCGUUGAUUGCAGCAAUCAACGUCACCUACUCACGAUUGCCUGGCUGGAUAGCCUUUAGCCUGCCUCUCCUCUCUGACCCUGUCACGACGAGCUGAGUUGUGAUCUUGCCCAU